CAACCAUUAGACGCUAGAUUUUCUAUUUUGUAAUUAACGUUAAUAUUAGAAUCCGUUCUCGUAUUUUUAUGGUAAUAAAAAUUGCUAAGUCAGCAAAAUAAUUCAUAUAGAGAUAACGAAGUUACAAAACGUAACGAAACGUGUAGGUUCUUAUCAGAAAUUUCAUACAAUCGUAACGGUACGCAUAUCUACAUCAAUUUUACACUACAACAUAUAUUUUAUUUGAACGUUUGAAGUUUAAAUUAAGAAAGAAUGAAGAUUGAAGAACUUCGUAUACCCGCACCAUGGGGACAUAUUGCAGCAAAAUCUUGGGGUUGUUCAAAUGAUUACGUCAUCUUAGUACACGGUAAUGGUGAUAAUGCGGGUGGAUUCGACGGUCUAAUUCCAUUACUACCGAGUAAUUACACUUACAUAAGCAUAGAUCUUCCAGGGCACGGUCUUAGUCCUCCAUUUCCGAAAUCACAUCCUGUACACGUACUAGAUAUUGUUUUAGUUAUUAAAAUAGUGUUUAAUUAUUUUGAAAAAAACGAUUACGUUUUAAUCGGACAUAGUAUGGGUGCAAUAUCUUCCAUGCUUUAUACCAUGAUAUAUCCAGAUAAAGUGAAAAAACUUGUUACUUUGGAUAUGGCUGGACCGUAUAGUUAUAGUCCUGUACAAUAUGCAAAUAUUUUACUAAAUCAAUUUGUGUUGGUGGAUGAAGUCAAUCUUAAUAAAAACGCGAAGAAAUGUUUGAGUUUUGAAGAGUGGACUACUAAAUUAAUGAAAAUUAGGGGUUUAAAUAAAAAAGCUGCUGAGAGUUUAAUGACAAGGAUGCUUCGUUUAAGCGAUAAUGAUUUAUAUUACAUUGAAUAUGAUAAAAGAGGAAAAUCAAUUAUUGGACAUGAUGGUUUAAAGGAUCAUGUAAUUGAAAUGUAUAAAGAGCGACCGAUUAAAUGUCCAUUUUUAAUCAUUUUAUCGACGCAAUUUCCUACAAAUAUGGUUUAUUUAGAUUUACGUCGAUUUUUAACGAAGAAAGGAGUUAAAAUUGAAAUUGUUAAUGGAAAUCACGAUGUUCAUAUUAAUUAUCCUGAAAUAUUAUCAGGAUUCGUUUCGUCAUUUUUAAUAUCUACACAAAAUAAAUUAUGAUAAAUUAUUUUAUUUUUACAUUAGCUUUUAACAAGAUUUAUUAAACUAAGUUAAUUAGUUUCUUUUUAUAGUAAAAUCGUGGAACGAUAUCGAAUAUGAAACUAUCAUUGUUACCCAUGGAUACACGGAUAAUGCAGGAUCUU